AUGGAUUGGACAGCAGCAAAAUCAUAUUAUAUCGGUUAUAAUUCAAUCGAGCGAAUUCUUUCUAUAACUUUUAUUCAUAAUUAUCUUUUAACAUGGUCAAUAGCAUUAAUUUGUUCUUUAAUACUUCCAUUAUUAUACAUAUUUUCACCUGGAUCUCUACGUACAACUCGUACAACACAUUUUCUUCUUAUUUGUAUUGUAUGUUUAUCAUAUAUGUCUCCUCUUUAUAUACAAGCAUAUAUGACAAGUAGUAGAGGUGAACCAAAUCUAUCAUAUCAUUCAUGUCGUUUUAUUGUUUAUAUAUCAACAUUUGCAAAACCAAUAGGAAUUUAUUUAACAUUAUUAUUUAGUAUUGAAAGAUUAUUUACAAAAAUCUUUUCAAAAUUUGUUUUACGUUUAAAUAAUUAUCAAAAAUUAUUUCAAAAAUUAUAUACGAUAAUUAUUUUUCUUUGUUUAUUAAUUAUAUUUUCUAUACGAUUAUAUCAAGUUUUAAAAUUACUACCACGAAAUCAAUCCAUCGUAAAUCAAACAUCAGAUGCAGAGAUGGAUACAUAUGUAGAUAUAUUAGAUACAAGUAGUAAUUCAACAGAUCGUAAUAUUUCUUUUAAAUAUUGUUUCAUGUCAAUGAAUAUUGAUACAUACAAAAAAAUUCUCUCAUUUUAUGUUAUACAAAGUUAUUGGGAGCAUUUUAUAUUAAGCAUAAUUAUUCUUAUAUUAUUUACAAUUACAUUUCAACAAUAUUGUUUAUUACGUAAUCAACAACAAGGUUUAACACGUCGAUUUAGUAUUAAUACAAAAUUUUACAUAUCACUUUCAUCAUGUGUAAUUGCAUCAGAAUUAAUGUUACUUUUCUUUCAUUUGAUUGUCGAUGACAUUAAUAAUAAUAAUACAGAUGUACAAUUAAUAUCACUUCAGUUUAUGUUAUUUGCAUUUAAUUUCCGUUGUAUUGUUCUUCCACUUGUUAUUUGUAUGACUACUUGUGAUCCAUUGAAACAAUUAUUAUAUGAACUUUUUAUUGUUCGACCUUAUUUAAGUAAUAUUGAUGAAAAUGAUAAUACAGAAACAAUGAAUGAUCGACCAGAACCUUUUUCAUCUUCACAACGAACAAGUAAUCGUAUUGAACAAAGAUUUCGUCGUGCAUUUAAACGAAACUAUCCUAAUAAUGAUGAAUUACAAGAUGAUUUAUGA